CCAAGAUGUCAGCCUUCGUCUGCACGUGAAAAAUUUAAAUAAUGCGAAUAAAAUUCGGAAUAAUAACACAACGACUGAUUUUGAAUAAAAUCUCGACUACAAAGUUAGGAUGUCUGUUUCACGUGAGAGUGGGAGAGUGUUUGAUGAGAAGCAAGGUUACUUGACCCGAGCUCCUAACAUGAUGACAUUACCACGAGGGGCUAUAAGACUGUCUAAAGAGGAAGUCCUGUAUUUACAACAUCAGAAGAUGAGAAACUGGAUUCCUCAAUCGGAUGUAUGGUCAUUGCGGUAUGGGUCGGGCAUUUGUUCACUAGGUGCUGCAGUAAGUGGAGUCAGCCUGAACACAUUCUUCAGGAAGCAAUUUAACUUGAUGGUAUAUGGCCGUAUGGCAACAUAUAUGCCAACAAUCAUAUUACCUAUGUUCUUCUCAGCAAUCAUGCAUGAAGUCUUAAUCACAGGUGAAAUAUUAACGGAUCGUUUCGACUGCCUCAUAUGCUCGCAGGCCAGAUCUAGUUCGGUGCAAACAAUAACCGGAUUUGUCCAGCCACUCAUGUUUGCACCCUUAACUUGCGCCGCUGCUGCCAAAAUUCACGACACUUAUAACCUGCCCCCUUGGAACAAACCUGGCAAGUUUUUUAAUAUAGUAAAGGAUAUGAUGAAAAAUAAAGGAGUGUACCUGAUGGGCCUGCUUGGCCUACAGGUAGUAAUUGGAACCACUAUAGCAUCAUUUCAACAGAAACAGACUAUCACGUUAAUGUCAGAGGAUAGUAAACAUUAUGAUUACAGACGUAGUCUAGAUGAGGAAUUGAACAAUUAAAACAUAUAGUCGAACAUGUGUAAUCCAAACUCCGCUAGGAUCUGCCAAAGCACUAAAAGGAGAAUUUGGAGAUGUUUACAUUACAAGCCCGAAGGUUUUCUAGCAAAAUUUGGACUUAUGAAAAAAGCGUUCAUAUUGAGACAUGAGAGGUGUUUGGAUUAGAGAGAUGUUUGGAUUAACAUAUACUAGUGUGAUUAAGAAUGUAAUCUUAGUUUGAAGAGUGGAAACAUGAUUUUAAAUGUUAUAAUAUAACUAUUCAUUAGAUGGCAG